AUGCAAGAUGUUCAGCAGAGGCACAGGGAGGCACUGCGGGCACAGACCGAGGCACUGCGAGUGCCUACGAUGCAGACGAGGGAGAAGAUUCAAGCGUUCCCGCUGCUGGACCGAUAUGCCGAGGUCACGGUCGUCUCCACCGCUCGGCCGCGGAGGGUCGGGGAGCGUGUGCAGCCGGCGAGGGGCCAGGACGAAGAUGAGCAGAGGGAGAUGGGCCUCCGGACGGAGCUGGAGGAAAUCCAGAUGGAUCAGCUGUUCCGGAGCGGAUCCAGACCCGGGAGUUCGGCAGCAGUGGCCGGAGUGCCGGGGGUGGGGAAAACAACAAUGGUACAAAAGAUCAUUAAUGACUGGGCCACGGGGAAAAUAUACCAACAAUUCCAGUUUGUCUUCAGUUUCAAAUUCCGGGAUUUGAACAAUCUGAACUGCAGAAUAAACCUGAGGGAACUGAUUCAGGAUCAGUAUCCUUACUUUGGGAAUAUCCUGGGAGAGGUCUGGAAGGACCCAGAGAAGUUGUUUUUUAUAUUUGACGGUCUGGAUGAAUUUAAGGACGGCAUCGAUUUUGCCAAUGGCCGGGGAGACACGGAAGCUCAGCGCGAGUGCACGGAUCCUGAAAUCCGGUGCAAGGUGUCGGACGUUGUGUACAGUUUAAUCCAGGGCAAGCUGCUCCCGGGGUGUUCGGUGCUGGUGACCACCCGCCCCACCGCGUUACACUUGCUGGGAAAGGCGGGCGUCGGGGUCUGGGCUGAAAUCCGGGGGCUGGUGGGGGAGAAGCGGAAGGAGUUCUUCAGCAGGUAUUUUCAAGAUCAGGCGGUGGCAGCAGAUGUUUUCAAAUACGUGGAGGGGUACGAGGUGCUGAACAGCUUGAGCGGCAGCCCCACUUACUGCCUCCUCCUCGCUCUGACACUGGGGCCCUACUUCGCACUGAAAGCCCGCGACCCGCAGCUGCUCCUGAGGAUCGUCACCCAGCUCCGCUCCUACGAUCUUCACAACAUCCUGAAAAACCAGGGCCGCGAGCUCAGAAGCCCCUACGACCUGCUGCUGAGGAUUGGUCAGACAGCCUUCGCGGGAGCGCCGGGGAGCAACGUCAUAUUUACAGAAGGGGAUGUGAUCCGGUGCAAGUGGCCGCCAUCCCAGUUCCUGUCCGGUGUGCCAGCGGAUCCUCCGGAGAGGGAGGACUCUGCCCGCAGCACGGUGUGCACGUUCCCCUACCUCCCCGUCCAAGAGUUCAUAGGUGCCCUGGCGCAAUUCCUGACCCCGGACCCCGGGGACGUCCUGAACCUCCUGGCUGAAUCCCGCGGCAAGAAGGGCGGGCGGUUCGAGAUGUUACUCUGCUUUGCCGCGAGUCUCGGCGCCACUGGCUCAGCGUGGGUCCUGGAGGAGUUCCUGGGCCCCCUCCCCCAGCGGACAGCCGGCCGGGUGGUCGGCUGGGUGAGGGAGGAGGUUGGGCGUCAGGUCCGAGGCGCGUGGGGCGAGGCUGGCAAGAAGAGGCUGCUGAACACCCUGAGCUACCUGUUUGAGUCCCGGGAUGGCGGGCUGGCACAGGCUGCGCUGGAGUCCGUGGAAGCCCUCUCAUUCCGCGGACUGCGCCUGAGCCCGAUUGACUGCGCCGUCCUGUCUUACGCCAUCGGGUUCUGCAACCCGCUGAAGCGCCUCGACCUGACGGGCUGCCACCUCGAGAGCGAGAGACUCCAGCAGCUGGGACCAGGGCUGCACAAGUGCCAGGAGUUGAGGUAAUUUUUAAUGUAUCUCCAGCUUCGAGCAGCGAAAUUGUUCCACACUCCCUGUCCACUUUACUGGGUACACCCGCUCGUUAAUGCGGACCUCGGAUCGGCCAAUCAGGUGGCAGCAACUCGGUGCAUAAAAGCACGCGGGCACGGUCAAGAGGUCCAGUUGAAGUUUAGACCAAGCAUCAGAAUGGGGGAAGCAAUGUGAUCCAAGUGACCGAAGUAGUAAAAUUGAUUCAACAGUGGCUGGAUGGGAGAUGCCCGAGAGUAGUGGUGGGUAACUGUUUGUCAGGUUGGAGGCCGGUGACUAGUGGUGUGUCUC